AUGCCUGGAAUUACUGGCACCAACAUCCGUGUUGUCCCUGGGCAGCGUAUUGCUGUGAAAGGAGACAUUCCAGCAGAAGCUAAGAGUUUUGUGGUUAAUCUGGGCAAAAAAGAUGAUGAACUCAUCAUACACUUCAACCCACGUUUUGAUGCUCACGGCGGUGUGAGGACCAUCGUAUGCAACAGCAAGAGCGGUGCCCAGUGGGGGAAAGAACACAGGGAGAGCAGUUUUCCCUUCCAGGAGGGCACCACUGCAGAGAUCAUUUUCUCUCAUGGCAAAAAUGAGUUGACUGUUACGCUGCCUGCCAACACUCAGUUCAAGGUCCCCAACAGCUCUGGGCUAUGA